UAUGUCCUCAGACAUAUGGAUGAAUCAUCUGGAAACAUCCUCAUCAACAGCUCCCAAGUCUCGCGUUGGAAUCGCAAAUCUUCCCUGCACAUUUUGAACUGCGUAGCCUCGGGGAGUCCUACGUUGUGUGUGGGGAAAACAAACCUCAACAUGGCAGAUGUUGAAACGCUUGAUGAGGAGCCACAGCAGGAGGAAACUACUGCAUCCGUCAAGUCCGAAACCGACGAGACGUCUCAAGAAACACCCAACGGUGUUAAAACGGAUGCUGAAGAAGGCAAGCCCCCCAAAGAAAAACAUGAUGGUAAAGAGAAAACCUCUGGGAGCAGACGAGGAGGCCGCUACCAUCCUUACAAAGACAAACAUGGUGGAGAAAAGAAGGGUGGUCAUAGGAAUCGAGUGUUCAUCAGCAAUAUACCAUAUGAUAUGAAGUGGCAGGCAAUUAAAGAUCUAAUGCGUGAGAAAGUUGGUGAGGUUACAUACGUGGAGCUCUUUAAGGAUGCUGAAGGAAAGUCAAGGGGGUGUGGUGUGGUGGAGUUCAAAGAUGAGGAGUUUGUGAAGAAGGCCGUCUUAACUAUGAAUAAACAUGACCUAAGUGGAAGACCACUCAACAUCAAGGAGGACCCUGAUGGAGAGCACGCCCGCCGUGUGUUGCAGCGCAUGGGUGGAGGUCAACAGGGAGGCCGUGGACAGGACAUGGGCCCUGGUGUCAUGAACCUCCCACCCUCCAUUGCCAACAACCCUAACAUCCCACCUGAGGUCAUCCAUGCACUGCAGGCUGGGCGACUGGGCAACACAGUGUUUGUGGCUAAUCUGGAUUUCAAGGUGGGCUGGAAGAAGUUAAAAGAGGUGUUUAGCAUGGCCGGUGUGGUGAAGCGAGCAGAUGUAAAGGAAGAUAAAGAUGGCAAGAGCCGUGGAAUGGGAACAGUGACUUUUGAGCAGGCACUGGAGGCUGUGCAGGCCAUAUCCAUGUUUAAUGGACAGAUGCUCUUCGACAGACAGAUGCAUGUUAAAAUGGAUGAGAAGUCGCUUCCCCCCGAAGACUUCCGUCAAGUUGAAAAAGCGCCUCAGUUACCGCGUGGUCUAGGUGGUAUUGGCAUGGGACUGGGGCCAGGAGGGCAGCCUAUUAAUGCCAACCGUUUGAGUGGUGGAGGCGGCAUGGGCUCUAUGGGACCUGGAGGUAUGGAUGUAUCAGGUUAUGCUGGAAUGAACAGACUUGGGGGAGGAAUGAGUGGUGGAGGUGGAAGCUUUGGCAGCAUGGAGAGCAUGGGCAAUAUGGGGGGCUUUGGAGGGAGGGACAUGGCACCAGUUGGCAGAAUGGGAGAUAUGUACCGGUCAGGAAUGGGUGGAAUGGAUCGGGACUUUGGGCACAGUGACAUGCCAAUGAAUCGAGGAUUUGCGGAUUCUUUUGGAGGAAUGGGUGGAGGUUUUGGAGGAGGCAUGGGCAGUGGUGGCAUGGGGCACAUGGGGACUGGAUUAGGUGGUGGAAUGGGAAACAUGUCGAUGGACCGAAUGGGCUCCAGCUUUGACCGUUUGGGAAUGUCAGGAAUGGACAUGAACCGUGGCUUUGGCGGCUAUGGCGGUGGGGGACCAGGCCACAUGGGUGGAGGCAUGUCAGACAGAGGCUCGGGGUCCAAAGCAGGCUGCCAGAUAUUUGUGCGAAAUCUCUCCUAUGAUCUGACAUGGCAAAAGCUGAAAGAGAAGUUCAGUCACUGUGGUCAGGUAAUGUUUGCAGAAAUAAAGAUGGAGAACGGAAAGUCGAAGGGAUGUGGAACGGUGAGAUUCGACUCUCCGGAGAGCGCUGAGAAGGCCUGCAGGAUGAUGAAUGGAACCAAGAUAAAUGGCCGAGAGGUGGACGUCCGUAUUGAUCGAAACGCCUAGAUCCUUUGUAGAAGUGAAGCUAACACAUACACAUUCAGUCCCCUUGCCAAUGAUCUUUUGUUUUGUUUUAAAAACACAAUUACUUCAUAUCUUCAUGUGUCCACUGUUUCUUUCUUUCUUUUUUUGUUAAUGUAUACUACAUAGCUAUUUUAUCUUUGUUUUGUAAACCCUUUUUAAUUUGUCAGGCAGUUUAUUUGACCAAAUAAACUUUUUAAUUUUUAAA